AUGGCUGGAAGGAUGUUAGUACCUUUGAAGCAAGAACUUCCCGGCAGGCGCAGGCCUUCCUGAUCGGGAGGGGUACCUCGUGUGGGUGAAGUACUGGCAUUUAAAGGUGGAGCUUUUGACCCAGUACGCGAACGAGCCUUAUUGUCAGGUUAGAUUGUUGUGGGGGCAUGAGACGAGUAUGAUGGAAGAGUCUAAACACCCAGGCAAGAUCAAUGUUGGCUGGGCUGAGGAGGAUAUCAUUGAGAAAGUGGCGCCGGAGGGGGUUGCUGUGAAUAUAAAAAAGGAGCAAGCACGGGUCACAGCUAUGACGCUAGCGGUGGAGAAGGCGAUGCCUAAGAAGGUGUACGCGGUCAAUGAAGCACCAGUGCAGGAGAUCAGGAUCUAA